CACAGUCUUAUUUUAUCUUGUGGUCUGCAAAUUGCGUUGCGAGUUAAAGAAUAGAAUAAAGUGGGUGGCUGUCUGCUCUCCUUUUUUGAGUUUUCAAUUUGAACCUCUGUCGUCGUAAACGGCGAGUUUCGGAAGAUGGUUUUGUGUUGUGAGGAAACUGUGAGGAAGGAACACCCGACAAUGACAUAAUAGACAUUCAUUUAUUAUAAAACGACAUUUUUUCAUCAUUUCAUGUCCAUGCAUGACCAAAGUUAGAAGAAGAGACAACAAUAUCAUAAUCGUAUAGUGAAACGAAAUGGGUGAUGGAUCCGUCACUUCUCGUCUGAUCAUAUCUGAUUUUGUAAUAUCUUUCAUGUGGGUAUGGUCAGGGGCUUUGAUAAAGCUGUUUGUGAAUCAUGUUUUAGGACUUGCGCAUCAACCCAGUGGUGAGGCCAUCAAUUAUGCCCUCUCUGUUAUUGUUAUGUUCUUCUUCGCAUUCUUGGGUAAGAUCACCAAAGGAGGAGGUUACAAUCCUCUCACCAUUUUCUCUUCUGCAAUUUCUGGGGAUUUCAGUCAAUUUCUCCUCACUGUUGGGGCUAGAAUCCCUGCUCAGGUUAUUGGAUCCAUAUAUGGAGUUAGGCUUAUUAUUGAGACUUUUCCUGAAGUAGGACGUGGGCCACGUUUGAAUGUCGACAUCCAUCGAGGUGCACUCACAGAAGGAGUGCUGACAUUUAUAAUUGUCAUUAUCUCUCUUGGGCUUGCAAGAAAGAUCCCUGGAAGUUUCUUCAGGAAGACUUGGAUCUCAAGCAUCUCCAAAUUAGCUCUUCACAUACUUGGAUCUGAUCUGACUGGUGGUUGCAUGAACCCAGCCUCUGUGAUGGGAUGGGCUUAUGCCCGUGGCGACCAUAUAACAAAGGAACAUAUACUUGUAUAUUGGCUUGCUCCAAUUGAGGCAACUCUUCUGGCAGUAUGGACAUUUAAGUUGCUGGUUCGACCCAAAAAAGAAGAAAAGAAGGAAAAGUCAGAGGGUAAAUCAGAUUGAAGAAACUCCAUUAGUGUAGCUCCAUCGAUUGGAUGAUCCAACCUGCAAGAUUUGAAGAUGGCAAAUGUAUGUAAAACUUUAUGCUAUUCAUACUUGUGUAAAUUUUUUUUAGAUCAAUCUGUAUUCAUUGUUCAUUGUAUCUACAUUACACUACCAUUUUCGUGUCGGUCAGUCAGCACUCUGUCUCUUACAUGCUGUCUUAACUUAGCUAAUCAGUUUUGCUUUGGUAUUUUGACUAAACUAUAUUGGUGUAACUGUGUAACUUUGUUUCUAUAUUUGUGAUGUCUUAGCUUUUUUUUUUU